AUGUAUGUUGUUUUGUUUCAUACUCGUGUACUCUCCCGAGCCAUCGUGGCACUCAGUGCUUUAAAGCACCCUGUCUCUGUAAUUUCAGUCAGAGGAACCAACGGCCUGGUGAUGCUGCAGACGGGAAGCGAGCAACGCGCCACCUUGCGCAUGAAGCCCGAGGGCGUGGCCGUAGGACUGGGCUGCCCUCGGCUGCCAGGCCUAGCCAGCCACUGCUGCCUUUCGCAGCACCGCCCGGCGGCCGCGGCGGCGGCCGCAACAGCCGCAGCGCCUACCAGGGCCGGGGCGCCAGCCGCGGGCGGCAUGGAGGCGGCCGCGGCUCUGCUGGCGGCAGGGGCCGCGGGCGGGGCGUUGAGGGCCGCCACGGCGGGAGCGGGCGUGGCAGCAUGCACCCCUAGCUGUAGGUGUCCCAUGCGACGCCACCACGCGCGCCGUCAGGCGACCCCCAUCGCCGGCGCUAGCACGUUGCGCCUCCCAUGCUCGUGUUCUACCACCGCCCUUGUAAAGCGCAUGAAGCUCCUGCUAAGUGGGGAUGUGGAGGAGAACCCAGGGCCACCGCCCCGGCAACAACAACGAGUAGAGAGCUGGCUGGGGGUGAGCGACGCGGCAGCCACAGCCAUAAUGGGGCGCAUACGAUAUGCAGCAGCACAACUGGAACGCAUGCCCUGCGACCCAGAGCUGCCACAGGAGCGCCCGGGGCACAAAUGGAACCACCUGGCCAUGAGGAUCCUAGCCUCCUGCGUCGAGCGGAUUCUGCCCCCUGUAGAUGGCAUACAGGGCCUGCUAGCUGGGGACGUAGCCGGCCUCCCUAACAGUGCUGGGUUUGACGCAUAUGGCAGUACGUACCUUAGUUGGCUACACCCCAUCCCCAGCCUCGAGCUGAAGCACACCGAGGGGGAUGGUAACUGCCACUUGCGCUCACUGCUGAUCUCGGUGCUGGGCAGCGAAGAGAGUGGCUGGGUGGCGUUGCGUCUGCGGUGUCUGCUCCACUUCCUGGUCAACUCUGCCCGCUAUCAUCAAGCAGAGUCAGGCCCAGGGGUGGCGAGCACUGACUACGGCGCGUCAGUGUUUACCCCCCUGACGAAACCAGCAAGCUCCUUGAGCGGACUGGCGAGUGCAAUCGCGGCCUCGGUGCUACAAUGCCCGAUCCUACUUUUCAACCCGGGACACAAAAUGAUCCCCCACCGGGAGCUUGAGAGCGGCUACAUCCCACCUCUCUUUGUCCGGGAAGGGGGCUAUGCAUCCAAACUCCCCAUCAUACAGAUGUGGGCAUACUGCGGCGGUGGGGCACCUGUGGAGACGACGCCUUGGCGCCCCAACCACUUCGAGGCGGGGUUCCUACCGACGGCAGCCCAUUACAGUGCCCUGCUCUCGUUCCUUGGCCGUCUGGCCAACAAGCUGGGGACGGCCCCAGAGGCGCUCGCCGAGCAGCUCUCGGUGGAGGUGCAUGGCAUCGCCGGCAACCCCUCCAUGGCCGGCACCCGCGCCGUGGUGUACAUCAAGGACCCCGCCCUGCUGUCCACCGUGCCCUUUGUCAAGGUCGAGUGCCUUCCCAGCCCCCAGGCGGGCGUGGCAGCACGCACCCCUAGCUGUAGGUGUCCCAUGCGACGCCACCACGCGCGCCGUCAGGCGACCCCCAUCGCCGGCGCUAGCACGUUGCGCCUCCCAUGCUCGUGUUCUACCACCGCCCUUGUAAAGCGCAUGAAGCUCCUGCUAAGUGGGGAUGUGGAGGAGAACCCAGGGCCACCGCCCCGGCAACAACAACGAGUAGAGAGCUGGCUGGGGGUGAGCGACGCGGCAGCCACAGCCAUAAUGGGGCGCAUACGAUAUGCAGCAGCACAACUGGAACGCAUGCCCUGCGACCCAGAGCUGCCACAGGAGCGCCCGGGGCACAAAUGGAACCACCUGGCCAUGAGGAUCCUAGCCUCCUGCGUCGAGCGGAUUCUGCCCCCUGUAGAUGGCAUACAGGGCCUGCUAGCUGGGGACGUAGCCGGCCUCCCUAACAGUGCUGGGUUUGACGCAUAUGGCAGUACGUACCUUAGUUGGCUACACCCCAUCCCCAGCCUCGAGCUGAAGCACACCGAGGGGGAUGGUAACUGCCACUUGCGCUCACUGCUGAUCUCGGUGCUGGGCAGCGAAGAGAGUGGCUGGGUGGCGUUGCGUCUGCGGUGUCUGCUCCACUUCCUGGUCAACUCUGCCCGCUAUCAUCAGGCAGAGUCAGGCCCAGGGGUGGCGAGCACUGACUACGGCGCGUCAGUGUUUACCCCCCUGACGAAACCAGCAAGCUCCUUGAGCGGACUGGCGAGUGCAAUCGCGGCCUCGGUGCUACAAUGCCCGAUCCUACUUUUCAACCCGGGACACAAAAUGAUCCCCCACCGGGAGCUUGAGAGCGGCUACAUCCCACCUCUCUUUGUCCGGGAAGGGGGCUAUGCAUCCAAACUCCCCAUCAUACAGAUGUGGGCAUACUGCGGCGGUGGGGCACCUGUGGAGACGACGCCUUGGCGCCCCAACCACUUCGAGGCGGGGUUCCUACCGACGGCAGCCCAUUACAGUGCCCUGCUCUCGGUGACCGAGCAACAUGACCUACACCUGCAAGGUUACUAUGAGCAGGGCGCAGGGAGGGAUCCCGGCUGGGCGUGGGAUACACAGACCCGCUACGAACUGCACCAACUACCAAACGAGUCCCCCGAGCGGCACCUAAUUGAAGAGGUCCUUACCUCUGUCCAAAACAUUCUCGCGCCCCGCCCAGCCAUGGCCAGGCGUGGCCGCCAAGGGGCAAGCGGCGGCCCGGGCCCGAAACCAAGCCCAACACCCUUUCCACCACCGCCAGGCAAGGCAGCUCAGCCCAUCGGCACCAUGGGUGAUGGACCACCACCACGCCUCGCCCAGCGGCAUCAGACACGGCUGAGCGUGGCGGCAGCCCAGGCCAUCGACAUUGACAGGGGAACUGGAUCCCAACAGAGCCCUGCGCCGCCCACCGGCAAGAGUCUCAAGCGCAAGUGCAUUGACGCCAGCGAGGGCAGGAGGAAAAUCGCAAAGAAGAGCACUCAACAAGACACCAGCCGGAUGCGCAAAAAGAAGGGGGAGACGCCACCCAGCCCUAGCGGGUCGCCCGGGCAGCGAUGCACACACACAGCCAUGCACCAGCAAAGCGACCGAGGAACACGGCAGACCAGUAUCCAGGAAGCGAUGGGCAAGGCAGCCCAACGGGCACAAGCGGGCCUGCCACUGCUUGCCCACCACCAACGCCAGGCGCGGCUGUCCCGUGCAUCCCUGCCCAACCGAGGCAAAACACGACAGGCUGCCACGACAGGCGAGACACUCAUGGCAGAACUAGCCGACCCUGGUGUAGCUGCCCCACUCAGUGCCAGCGAGAGCGCAACACAGGCAGCACCACCCGGGCUGGACCCCGAGGCCUGCGCACCGGCACCAGGGCCGGUGGGAGAAUUUAAGGUGGCCACCUUAAACUGCAUGGGCGGCACCACCGCGGAAGGGGCGAUAGAGGCACUGGUGCAACGCGAUCCAGAUGCGCUCGUGCUGACCGAGCUCAAAAUCAACAGCAGACAACAGCGUAAAAACGUGUACCGCAAGCUGUUGCACCGUGGAUACAAAAUUACCAUGAGCGUAUUGCCUGGUGGUAGCCUGCUCAGCCACGCGGGCCAGCCCGGCCGCGGCAAGGCAGGCGUCCUGGUGGCAAUGGCCAAGAGGCACACGACACACAACAGCUUGACACCGCAGACAGUCCCGGCGCAACUGCAAGGGUACCUCGGCCAUGUGAGGCUGACGCCGCCGGCAGGCAGGCCGCUUGACAUUAUUGGGGUCUACCUCCCCAGCGAUGCCGACGAGCAACACACGCGCCGGGCAGCUGGGACCUACAUCUUGGAAAUCAGCAGGGCGUGUGCACAACAAGGCCGCACGCUAGUGCUGGCCGGCGAUUGGAACGCCACCCUGCGGAAUGCUGACAGGUCAACUGGUAGCCAACACCAUGUGGACACGGCACACAGAGAAUUGGCGGCCACCUGCCAAUUGGCACCAGCAGGCGGCAUCCCCGCCGACCCUACCGAACCCAGAGAGCCCACCUACUGCCAGCAUGUCGUGGGUGGACAGGCAGUGCGUAGCACAAUCGAUGACGUACUCAUUUGCUUGCCCACUCUGCCCGAUGAGGUAACAAAAUGGGCCCCAGCACCGUGGCAAAUCCCGGCAGCAGGGGGAAACAGCGACCACGAGCCGUACGAAGUGCGCCUACCGUGCUCUGCCCUGGGAUACGUACGCCCACCCCCGCAGACACAUGUCCCGUUCCGCAGCAGAACGGUGUUCCAGCAGCCAAUGAGCAUAGCUGAGUUGACGGGCUACAGGGACGCCUUUGAGGCAGCUGCGCACCGGGGCAUAUCAUGUUUCGCGCGCACUGCCACAGACUGGGCUGGGCGGCUAGAACAGGCACAUGCAAUGACGAUGGCAACGACCAACGUACCUGAAGACUACGCCGCUACCCUUCAGGCCAAGGCCCUACACUUGCUUGCUUGUGUGGGCUUAAAGUCUGGUAAAGCAAGAACUAGCUUGCAACAUAGACUCCCCGCCGAAACGGGACGGGAACCGGGCGAAAGCAGAGAAAGCAAUAAAACAGGGGUGGAGCAAGGCGACAUGCAACGCAAGCAGCUGACAGGGCACGCAUCGAAACGUGUGUAUGACUGGCAAAGUGGCAUGGCGCAUUGGGGAGAAACGCAACGGUACGGGAGCAUGGGCUGGCCAAACGGCAGUGCGGAACGCUAG